CCCACGCACGGCGCGUAAGGCCCCGCGACUAUAAAGUCGAGGCUUGGCGAACUAUAGCCUCCAUUCCGAGUAUUACCGUUCUCCAGGAGGCUCGGCUCCGUGCACUCUCUUUUAACCCGCACGUGUGCCCCUUUGCCUUCACUGAAAUUCUCGCUCUUUCGAUUCGUGUGUGCACCAAUGAUGCGGCGGAUAAUACUCGCGUUGGCCCUUCUGACAGCGGUGAGCUGUCACCCGCCCGAGGUGCAGUACUCCUGGGACAAGCUCGACUACAACUUCCCGAACGAGUCCAUGAGAGCGGCGUAUCUCGCGUCCGGGGAUUUCGUGCAGAAGGACAACCUUCCGCUGGGCGUCAGCGUGUGGAGGGACAAAAUGUUCAUUACGGUGCCCAGGUGGAAAAAGGGCGUGCCGGCCAACUUGAAUUACAUCUCCAUGUCCUCGGCCACUGACAAGUCCCCGAAACUAACGCCCUACCCGAGCUGGGACGCAAACGACCUUCACUCGAGCAGCGACGACGUUAUUAUCAGCAUCUUUCGCACGAGGGUCGACGCCUGUGAUCGACUUUGGGGCGUUGACACCGGCAUCGAUGACAUACUUGGUGAAACCAAGGCGGUCCGGACGCCAAGGAUCAUUGUUAUCGAUCUUAAGACUGACCAGAUAAUUCGUAGCUACACCUUAAAAGAUUCGGAUCAGAAGGCCGACUCGUUUUUCGCCGACCUCGCCAUCGACGUGGACAAAGACGCCUGCGACGACGCCCACGCAUACUUAUCUGAUCUCGGCGGCUUCGGCCUCGUCGUUUACAGCUGGGCGCAGAAUAAUUCCUGGAGAUUCCAUCACAAUUACUUCCACUUUGAUCCUCUCAACGGUGACUUCAACGUCACGGGGAUUAACUUCCACUGGACCGACGGCGUGUUCGGCUUGGCUGUGUCGCCCAAGCGCCCAGAUGGCUCCAAGACGCUGUACUUCCACGCUUUGUCCGCCAUCCGUGAAUUCUCAGUGCCAACUUCCGUCUUGAAGAACGAGAGCCUCGCCUCGGCGGAAAAUUAUUACUUGUUCAGGAUGGAGGGCGAGAAGGGACCCCUCACCCAAGGCACCUCCUCGGCCAUCGAUUUGGAAACCGGCAUCGUUUAUUUCUCGCAGACCAACCGCCAUGGCAUAGCUUGCUGGGACACAAAUGUACCCCUCACCCCAAGCACCUUUCAUUUAAUAACUCAAGAUGAAGAGAAACUGGCCUUUCCAAACGACAUAACGAUCGAUCCUGCGGGUAAAAAAUUGUACACUCUGAUGAGCAACGUGCCGAAACUGAUGUACGCUCGUUUGGACGAAAACAACAAAUACUACGUAUAUUAUCAGUCACUGGACACGGUGGCUCACCAUUGCAAGGUUUAGAGGAAAUUAUGUGAAUCCGACAAGUGUGACGUGCGUACUUUGUAAAUUCAUUUUUUUUUUUUUUUUUUUUUUUGUAAAGUGCAUAACAACAGUGGUCAAUCAGAGUUUGAAAAACCACAAAAUCGAUGUGUAAAAUUUACGACAGGAUAGUCCACGUUAUGUAUAUCCUCGUGCAAUAUUACAAGUAUUAAAAACCAUACACUUCGA